AUGGAAGAGCGAAACAUCGUGCAUCGACUUCUAGGGGUGACGCCCUCAAAAUUUGAUGCACUUACCUUGUCUCUGGAGCAAUAUAGAGAUGUGGACAAGGUUAGUGUCGACAAAGUGAUUGGCUCCCUUACAGUUUAUGAGUUGUGGGUCAAGGAACGCAAGUCAUGCGAAGAGGAAUAG